GGGUUCCGGCCUCGGCUGCGCGCCGGCGGUGCCUGCGGGUGCGUGGCUGCGAGGGCGCUAAAUGGGGAGCCCCGCGCUGGCUCCUGCCGCCGCCGCCGCCAUGGAGAAAGGAGGCGGUGGUUGCGGGAGGGGGUGAUCGGGCGCCCCUUUCUUUCCUCUGCUCCGCGCCCCCUUCCCGCGCCCCCCCAUGAGACUCUGCCUGGCCUGGCUGGGCUGCUGCGCCGUCUCCCUGUGGCUGCUGAGGAAGAGGAUGUGGUCUGGCCCCGCUCGCUACCUCCGGAGCCCUUUAUCCCGCUCUCUGUACGCGAACAUGAUGAGCAGCCCCGGCCAGGCAGCGCCGGGCGCCAAGGAGAGCCACCAGUGGUAUGUGUGCAAUACGGAGCAGCUGUGUGAAGCACUUCAGCCUAUCUUUAUCCAGAGUUACCUUGACCAAGGAACACGGAUCUUCUUGAACAAUAGUAUCGAGAAAUCUGGCUGGUUGUUCAUUCAACUUUAUCAUUCCUUUGUAUCCUCUGUUUUUAGCCUGUUCAUGUCCAGGACGUCUAUCAAUGGCUUGCUGGGAAGAGGUUCCAUGUUUGUGUUUUCACCUGAACAAUUUCAGAGACUGCUCAAAAUCAAUCCAGACUGGAAGUCCCGUCGGCUUCUCGAUUUAGGAGCUGGAGAUGGUGAAGUCACCAAAGUCAUGAGUCCCCACUUUGAAGAGACGUACGUGACCGAGUUGUCUGAAACAAUGAUUUGGCAGCUUCAGAAGAAAAAAUACAGAGUGCUUGGCAUCAACGAAUGGCAGACCACCGGGUUCCAGUACGACGUCAUCAGUUGCUUGAAUCUGCUGGACCGCUGCGACCAGCCGCUGACGGUAUUGAAAGACAUCAGGAGCGUGCUGGAGCCGACGAGAGGCCGAGUCAUUCUGGCGCUGGUUCUGCCAUUUCACCCGUACGUGGAGAAUGUAGGUGGCAAGUGGGAUAACCCUUCCGAAGUUUUGGAGAUCAAAGGACAGACGUGGGAGGAGCAGGUGAACAGCCUCCCAGAGGUUUUUAAGAAAGCCGGCUUCGCCAUCGAGGCAUUCACCAGGCUCCCGUACUUGUGCGAAGGCGACAUGUAUAAUGACUAUUACGUCUUGGACGACGCCGUCUUUGUGCUCAAGCCCAUCUGAAUCGUGUCCUCGGAGUCCAACCAGAAGCCACCAGCGAAAUGAGACAUUUUGAUUCUUUGGAUUGGUUGGUUCUUGUUUAUUUUGCGGUUUUGUUUUUAAUUACGAUUAAUUACAGGAAGGGGGAUUUUUGUGGUUGUCUAACCUCAGUUGACAUCGUGACUGAAAAUCAGAAUUACUAAUUUCUUCGUAAUACCCUUUUUAAAAAAAAAAAAGGACAUCUUUUUUAGAACAUCAGAAUUCUUUCCAUUAUGAUUUCUUAAAUCCAGGACACAUCUGAUGAAGUGGAGAUAUUUUUAUAUCUAGCCUCCUAGGACUACUGAUCCAGUCGUUGCCAAGAAAUUACGCAAACGAAGCCAGCCCAGCCGGUUUUCCUCAAGGACGUAUAAAGCGAAUGCCGACAAUAGAGUUGUCCGGCCGCUCAACUUGAAAUCUGGGUUGGUCAAACGUCGGGCUAGACCUUUUUUUUCUUCCGUGUUUCUGAAAUUAUUUUAUCUGUUGGUCUUCAGCACAUGUUUUUAAUCAUGCUAAUAAAACUUUUUUUGAGA